AGAGAGAGAGAGAGGUGUGAGAGAGAGAGAGAGAGAGAUAGAGAGAGAGAAAGAGAGAAGGAGACAGAGCAGGUGGUGCUGUAGACUGUAGCCCUGUAUAUAGAGAGGUUUUUUGUGCAUGGGUGUGAGUUCAUUUGUGUGUAUGUGUGUGUGGAGUAGCCGUGCAGGAAGGAGCCAGGUGCCAUAGACAUCAUGAUGUAGUGCCACAAAGCUGUUAAAUGCCAGAAAUGAUUUCAUGACCACAGUGUGAAGGAUAGGCAGGAUGGCAGAGAGCACAGAUGUGGACCAGCUGCUAUUUGCCUUCAAGCGGUUUGCCAUCCAUGGAGAUACCAAAGCCACAGGCAAAGAGAUGAAUGGAAAAAACUGGGCUAAACUCUGUAAGGACUGCAAAGUUAUUGAUGGCAAAAAUGUCACGUCCACCGAUGUAGAUAUUGUCUUCACUAAAGUCAAAGCAAAAUCAUCUCGGGUGAUCACUUAUGAGGAGUUUCAGAAAGCUCUGGAAGACCUGGCCCUGAAGAAGUUUAAAGGUCAAAGCAAAGAAGAAGCAUUGCAGGCCCUCCACAAGCUGAUCGAGGGCAAGGAACCUACCAAUGUUGGUGUAACGAAAGUGUCAAAGGGAGGAGCAGUGGACAGAUUAACAGACACUUCCAAGUACACAGGCUCUCACAAGGAGCGCUUUGAUAUGAGCGGCAAAGGCAAAGGAAAAAGCGGACGUGAGGAGAUUGUAGAGAACACUGGCUAUGUUUCAGCAUAUAAGAAUGCAGGGACUUACGAUGAGAAGACCAAAACUAAGUGAAGGUCGCUAAGGCUAAUGGAUCACGUGAAGAAUCUGGAAGAGCUCCAUUUCCAUCAGCACUUACAUCUGGACCAAAGGCAGACCUAAAUGUUGUCAUGGUGGAAGCCAGUGAAUGUCAGGAAAUUAUGUAAACAGCUGUGUUUGGUGUCUCCGGAUGCAGUCAUUUAGAUGCAUCAGUGUUACGUUUAUGUUAUUUUAAAAUGUUUCUGCAAAAUAUUUGAUCCAAUAUUAAUGCAUUUUUCUAAAUCUGGCCAAUUUUAAACUUUAUACCAAAGCAAAACUAAUACAAGGGUUUUUUCUUUCUCUUUUCUUUACAUCUUGAUGUCAAUAUGUUUAAGUGUUUUGUUAAUGAAAGUGACCUGCGUGGUUGCAAAGCACUGGAUGAUGAAUUAUCCACUCAUUAAUUAUAACAGUUUUCAUUUAUGAGCUCAUUUUAUUUCUCAAGCAGUAAAGUAAAAAAAAAAAACACAUCAAUGUCUAUAUAAAAUUAAAUUAAUACUAACAAAUUAGAAAGAAGAAAGCACUGGUAUAGCCAGGAAUUGAUUUCAGCAGAAUGAUGAAUAAAUAAAGUAAAAUUUCUAAAUGCAAAUUAAGUUGUGACAUGCUCAUGCAGUUUGAGUGGAUAAGAAACAGUAGUAGAAUCAGUGUUUUAGAUAUUACUUAAUUGAUUAUUUGAGGUAUGAUCUACCCAUCUUGCUUUAAUAAAUUCAGAACAUAAAACAUCCAUACCACAGGUCUACAUACCCAUACUUUGCCUGUUAUUUUGACAUGCCUCUGCUUGGAGUAUAAUAAGUGGUAGCUAUGCUGCUGCUGAGGGAUUUUGUUUUUACUAAAAUGAUAAAAUCUAAAAGCUUUUGAAGAAUUAUUUAGUUCUAUUAUAACCUUUUUAAAAGUCUAAGAGCCCAUAACUGCCCAAAGAAUCCACUGAUGCAGCCUUAAAAAAUGUUGUGUACAUAUACUAUGCAAUAUUGUUCAUUUUCAUUGGGGUUUGGAUGUGAUGCAAAUGCACGUGAUGCUAAUUGUGUUCAGACGUUUUUUUUCUGUAACGACAUAGUUCAUAAACCUCAAAUGACUGAAAGAAACUUCAUUCUUAUGACAUUUUUGACAGCAGUGCUAGAUGUGUACAUUAUAAUUUCAUCAUUUCUUUUUUGGUCUUCAAGCAUAAAAUAUGCCUGCCUUCUUAGUUGCACUUUAAUGGAUACAGAUAAACUACACAUCCUGAUGUAUACAUUCAUGAUAAGAAACAACAAACUGCAUUGUUUCUCUAAUAAUUUAUCCUAGUUCAUGAGAACAUUGUCAUUUACCUGUAAACAUACAUAAUUUCUGGACAAACAGCAUAAUAAUGUGCCAUCAUCAUAUUAUAUUGAACAUUGACGUUGUCUAA